AUGGAUCCAGCGGGGCUCGCGGUUGGUAUCACAUCCUUGGCAUUCGAUCUAUUCGAUAAUUCCGUCAAACUCUUCAAGUUCUUUUCUGCUAUAGUUGAUAUGCCUAAGGAAUAUGAACAAUAUCGCUUACAGCUAAUGAUUGAAUACAACCGCCUGCUGGCCUGGGGCGACGCGAUUGGUUUGAUCGAUGUACCCCAAGCUUCGCACGUGGCCACUAAUCUGGGGACGAAUGCAAUAGAGCUCUGCGGUAUUAUCUCACGUAUAGGGUGGCUUCUCGGAGAAUUUCGGGAUAUGAAUGCCCGUUGGGAAAGUGAGUUGACACAGACUCAAGAAUACAGCCAAGUGGUUGGAGAUAAGGAUGAGUCGAGUAUGGAUAUAGUCAAGCAGGUUUCGAGCUUGGCCACUGCUUACGAGAAGAAUAAGAGCACACGUCAACAAGCAAAAGGAGUUACUCAUAUCAGGAAGUGGAUGUCACAGAAGGUCGAGAACGCAAAAGAAAUCGUCACAAAUCCUCUCCGCGUCCGUUGGGUGAUGAUGGAUAAAGCCGCUUUCAAAGGAUUACUCGAAGAUCUACACUUUCUCACCAAUCGAAUGCAUGAGCUCACUGUUGAUCAUCGGCAAAGCCGCAUACAGGAAAUAACAGCCAAGACUUAUCGCGAGAUGGUAGUAGCAAGAAACAGCAUCAACGAGUUGAAAACUUUGCUGGAGGCAGUUACUGAGUUACUGAAUAUCAAGAAGAGGAACACCGAGUGGGAACAACGCAAUGAUAACACCGAGAUGCUUCGAGAUAUCUUGCGUUUAAAAGAAAUCAACAGUAUUUCCAACCAGCUUGUUACCAGGGCCCACAGUGGAGGAUACUUGGAUAUCGAGCGGGAGAUUAAAGACCUGAUUGAUGUACAGCGAUACGAUAAUUUGACUGCGAGUCAAAUUCUGACGUAUUCGAAGGAUGAGGAUAUGAAAGAGGCUACAGUACCGUUGAGGCCGCGAGGGGUUCUGCAACAAAAUGGAACAGCCGUGCAGAUUUGGAUAGAGUGGAAGAUGUUUGACAACCAAGAUGAGACAAUUCGCCUGGAAUCUAAGUUAAGAACCAUGACUCUUGCACAGAUGCUGCAUAUGGACAAGCCGCGCCACCUCUACUCACCACUCUGUGUUGGAUACGUUGACGAAAGUGAGACUAACCAUCGCAUUGGUUGGAUAUUCAAGAUGGCCCACGGGACCAGUGCAAACACGACACUACGGUCCCUUCACAGUAUGUUGGGCCAGUGCCAAUACAAACCGGUCCUUACUCAGCGAAUCUCCCUUGCCUGGAAACUCGCGUCUUCACUCUCGUACAUGCACACAACAAACUGGUUACACAAGGGUAUCCAUAGUGGUAACGUCAGCUUCUCCUUUGAAGAAGAACAGUUCGACGCUGAAUCUCCUAUCUUAUCGGGAUUUGAAUAUUCGCGUCCACAAAGCAACAAAACAACAACACGCAGCCUCGAACCUAAGUGGGACAUCUACCGCUGGCCGCAAAUCCAGAAUGAGGUGCCAAAAACCACGAACUCUCGAAAGACAUAUGAUAUAUAUAGCCUAGGUCUCGUCUUGCUCGAAAUUGCUCAUUGGAAGCCCUUAAACGAGAUGAUUGGCUUGAAGAAAUGGCCCAUCCCCUCCGCUCAAGACGUCAAAGUACGUGGCUGGCUCUUAGGAGAGGAUCUUCGGCCACCGUUCAAGAAAUCAAAUCCCCUAUUGGAGCUGCGGGAUAUUGUUGGGGACAGGUAUUGGAAUGCGACGCGCCGCUGUCUGGUAGCUCAUGGAGAAUUGGGUUUGGGAGUGGAGGAAAGCUUUGACAAGUCUAAGGGCUUAGAAUAUGACCUCCAGCUCCAGAACAAUUUUACUGAUCUGGUAGUUGAGGAACUUAAGAGUAUUAUGAUCUGA